CAAUUUUUUAGAUAUAACAAAUUUGUGGAUAUCAAAAGUGCAUAGACUUGAUUACAAAAUUGGUAGUGACACUUUAAUUGGGAGAAAAAUUUUAGGGGAAUUAAAAUAAAUAGACAAAAAAAUUUAUAGUUGAUUAGCAAUUUUGUGGAUAAAUAAAUAUUUUUUUAAAUAUGAAUCGCCAUGAAGGUGUUAGCUGUGAUGCAUGUCUCAAAGGAAAUUUUCGUGGACGUCGCUACAAGUGUUUAGUGUGUUUCGAUUACGAUCUUUGUGCCCAAUGUUAUGAACAAGGAGCAACUACCACCCGCCAUACAACGGAUCAUCCUAUGCAGUGUAUUUUAACUCGAGCGGAUUUUGAAUUGUACUACGGUGGUGAAGUGAUCACUGUGGAUCAACCUCAGAGCUACACCUGCCCUUAUUGUAGCCGAAUGGGAUUCACUGAUACAACAUUGCAAGAACAUGUGUGCGCAGAACAUCCUGAUACUUCAUUUGAAGUAGUAUGUCCCGUAUGUGCUGCAAUGAUUGGAGGUGAUCCAAACAUGAUUACGGAUGAUUUAGCUGGACAUCUUGCUGUAGAACAUCGCACUGGUGGAGGCACUGGAAGUGGUGGACCAAGAGACCUGAUUUCAUUCUUAGAUGAUCCUAGUGCUACUGGCGCUCCAGCUUCUGCUUCAUCGGCUGCUGCUCGCCACGGUAUGCGUCGUACCACCCAUGGGCCUCGUGGUGUUGCUGGAGCUCGUGCUCGCCGCUCAAAUAUGCAUUUUAAUUCGUCUGGUGGAUUAUCAUCGUUAUCGCCAUCUGCUCGUGAUACGGUUGAUCCAAUUGCUGAGUUACUAUCACAGUUAAGUGGUGUGCGCAGAUCAGCUGGUAGUGGAAUAGUUGCUACUUCAUCUCCACAUGCUCCAAAUAAUCCAACUCAAUUGCAACAAUUACAAAUGCAAUUGCAGUUGGAAAGACAACAGCUUACAUUCUCACAGGCCGCCCGACAACAGUUAGAACGCUUACCACGUCGGCAAACAGCCACAUCCAGUCUUGGUUCAUCAACCACAACAUCAGCAGUACCUGGGGGAUCCUCAUCAAAUAAUGCUGCUACUGGUGCUGUAAGUGUGUCUGUUAGUGGUGGAUCUGGUGGUGGACCUUUACCCCCAUCUGGUAUUAGCACAAUUGUUUCCAAACAACAUGCCAAUAAUACAGCGCCUGAUUCACAUCAACAGCAAUACAACUAUCAAUUUUUAUUAGCAUCAAAUAUUGAAGAACCAUUAAGUGAGGAAGAACAAGAGAAAUUAGAACGUUUACGAGCAAAUCGUAGUUUGUUUGUUCAAGAAUUACUAUUAGCAACAAUAGCAUCAUCCUCAGAUAUAAUGAAAUCAUCUGAUAAUAAUCUGCCUAGGCAAGCAUCAUCUAAGUCAUCCUCAUCAAAUAAUGCCAACGCGAACACUGCUGGCGCUGUUAACAAAAUAAAUAAUACAUCAACCAAUAAACGUAUUAAUCUAUCUGACUUGAAACCAGCUUUACCAUCCACUCACACAUCCAAUGUCAUCAUCACAGCCGCAGCAAUCGCAGCACAAUCCACCCCGGCACCUACAAGAAGCCAGGGAGUAAGAUCACGUGGCCGUGGACAUCAUCGUAAUCAGCAACAACAACAACAACAACAACAGCAACUUACAGCCCCACCACCGUCCAUACAACAAGAGUUUGGAGCCGCUACUAGUGGAGCCAGUGCCAAUAAUACUGCUGACACGCUAAAAUUGGCAAACAAUACUGGUGCAACAACACAAACCACGAAAAUUAAUACAAAAUUGAAAUCACAUGGUGUGAAAAGCGCAUCAUCUUCAAACAGAUAGUUUUUUUGUUUGUUUAUUGACAGUUUAUCAAUUUUCAUUUGUUUUUAAUGUUUUUUCUAAUUACUUUUUUUUUUUGAAAUGAAAAAAAAUUUUAAUAGUGUUAUUAUAUAAAUUUUCAAAGAAUUACAUU